AUGGAGAAGAUUACGGAUAAAAUCGCCGCUCUGGCGCCCGACCAGAGCUACUUUUCGCUGGAGUUCUUCCCGCCGAAGACGCAGAUGGGCUUUGCCAACCUCCAAAACCGUCUCGAGCGCAUGUCGCGCGGGCUGCGGCCGCUCUUCGUCACGGUGACCUGGGGCGCCGGCGGCAGCACGGCCACCAAGUCGCUCGAGCUGGCCGAGAUCUGCCAGCGCCAAUUGGGCUUGACGACGUGCCUGCACCUGACGUGCACCAACAUGAGCCGCUCGCUGGUCGACGAUGCGCUCGAGCAGGCCAAGGCGCUGGGCGUGCGCAACAUCCUCGCCCUGCGCGGCGACCCCCCGCGCUCCGAGGAGUACCGCGACGGCGGCCAGGCCGAGAACGUCGCCGCCGACAACGACAGCAACGCCGAGUUCACCUGGGCCGUCGACCUCGUCAAAUACAUCCGCGCCAACUAUGGCGACUACUUCUGCGUCGGUGUCGCUGCUUACCCGGAGGGCCACUCGGACCAGUCGCACCCCGACAAGCAGCACCCCAAGUUCGACCUGCCCUACCUCGUCGAGAAGGUCCAGGCCGGCGCCGACUUUAUCAUGACGCAGCUGUUCUUCGACGUGCACGCCUACGAGGCCUUUGAGGACAUGCUGCGCAACGACGCCUCGGGCGCCUUCAAGACCAUCCCCAUCGUCCCCGGCCUCAUGCCCAUCCAGAGCUACCAGAUCCUGCGGCGCACGACCAAGCUGAGCCACGCCAAGCUGCCGGAAGACAUGCUGACGCGGCUGGACGCGGUCAAGGGCGACGACGAGGCCGUCAAGGCCGCGGGCGUGGAAAUCCUCAGCGAGGUCGUCGAGCGGCUGAAGAAGAAGAAGCGCGGCGCCGCCGGCCCGCGCGGCUUCCACUUCUACACGCUGAACCUGGAAAAGGCCGUCGCGCACAUAGUCGAGCGGUGCCAUCUGAUCUCGACCAUCAGCGCCGAAGAAGCGGCCGCUGAAAACGAAGAAGCCGUCACCAUUGACGACGUCGUCAGCGCCGUCCCGCCCGCCGACGCCCUCAGCUCAAACUACCGCCGACGCCUUUCCUCGGCCAACUCGACGCCCCACAACCGCGUCGUGGUGCAGCGGCCCUCAGCGUCGAGCAACAAGAGCUACGAAGCGCUGCAAGAGGAGGCCGGCGUGCCGCGCGACACCAUCAUCUCGCGCGCCAACACGCUCGCCAUCUCGGAGGGCGAGGGCUCGCUGGGCCGCGAGGCGACAUGGGACGACUUCCCCAACGGGCGCUGGGGCGACGCGCGCUCGCCGGCCUUUGGCGAGAUUGACGGCUACGGCGUGUCGCUGCACGUGUCGGUGCCGCAGGCGAUCCGGCUGUGGGCCUACCCAGCCGAGGUGGCCGACAUUUCGGACAUCUUCCGGCGGCACAUUGUCGGCGAGCUGGAGGCGAUUCCGUGGAGCGAGGACGCGCUGAACGAGGAGACGCUGACGAUUCGCGACGAGUUGUUGGGACUGAUAAAGCGCGGGUGGUGGUCCGUUGCUAGUCAGCCGGCCGUCAAUGGCGUCAAGAGCACCGAUCCUGUGUUUGGCUGGGGUCCGCGGAACGGCUUUGUGUUCCAGAAGCCGUUCGUCGAGUUCUUCCUCCCCUCGGCCGACUGGAGGAAGCUGAAGGCCCGUCUGGACCAGAUCGAGGAAGUGACGUAUUUCGCAGGCAACCACGCGGGCGAAUUCGACGCGUCGGACGAGGAGUCUGUCAACCCGGUGACGUGGGGCUCGUUUGCGGGCAAGGAAAUCACAACCCCCACCAUCAUCGAAGCCGUCUCCUUCCGCGCCUGGCUGGAAGAAGCCUUCGGCAUCUGGGCCGAGUGGCGCCAUAUCUACCCGCCGGGCUCGGCGACGGCGAAGCUGUUGGGUGGGAUUAGGGAUGAUUACUUUUUGGUCAAUGUUAUUCAUCAUGACUUUGUCGAGAAGGAUGCGCUGUGGGGACUGCUUUUGGGGGAGUAG